AUGUCCAAAGCGUCACUGCCGAGCUCUUCGUGUGACUGCUGGCCGUUUGUGCUCAGCACCUGCCGACCUAUCGUGUCCGACAUCUAUCGAUUCAACCGCCUUCAUCUCCAUAAUCUGGCCAAGGGCUUUGAGGGGUACUCGGAAGAGGCCAAGACGGCGCUCCUGUCGUUCGAAUUUGAGGCGGUCGUCCAGGAGAAGCUCCCCCGCGCUCUGAUCAAUAUGGGCAUUGACCCCCACGACGUCCCAGUGUAUGUCGUCCGCUGGAUUCAUCACAUGCGACACCUGCCGCCCGUCUUGGUGAGGAAGGACGACACAUAG